AUGCUUGGGACCGGCUUGACGACAAAUCUCGACCAGAUAUAUGGUCGAAAACUACAUCAUUUUCAUAAUCUAGAUCCAGUCGCUGCCAUUGCCGUUGUCCAGAUCUUCUCAUUCCUCUUGUACGCAAAGAGAACGUUACAUUAUGCGGCUUUGAAACAUAACCUUGCGAUCAAUCCGACCAUUAAUGGAAUUGGUGCCGUGGAGCUCGAGAACCUUUGCUGCAACUUGGUGCUUCUGGAUGUGCAGCAAGGCAUGGCUCAAUUCUGCCACCCGUCCGUUCGCGCUUAUAUGAUUCAGCAAGACAUGUUUUCCGCAAAUGCGGCUCAUGAACUUUUUUUUUGGUCUCUGUCUGCGAGAAUGCACUUCGGGACCGAGCACUUCCCUCUAUCUCGGCAAUGA